AGAAAAUGGAUGAAAGAACCCUUGAAUAUUUCAAUAAAACAGUUAUAAGUACUCCUCAACCCACUGCAUCAUCAACGGUUAAUAGAAGAUCCAAUAAAAGAGGAGAAGUUAAACAGUAUGACCAUGAAAACUCUUUAAGUUUACUGGAAGAGGGAGUUAUGAGACAAAGUUUAGAUCGAAAAUCAGGUAUCAGUUUUCAUUUACAGCAGCAACGAGAGCUUGCUAGCGACUCACUUUAUAGAGCUAACAAAGUUGCAUCUAUUCCUUCUAAAUAUCUUAGAUCUGUAUCCACAGAAUCUGCUACUCAGAUGAAUUUUUCCUGUGAAAGUACCAUUAGUGAGAGUGAUUUGUUGAAAACACCAGUCAAUACUUCUACACCACGCAAUUCCAUUGAGCGUCAGAGUCUAGGUGAUUCCCUCACUCAACUUUCAUUGAAGAUUAAAAACCCUAGCAUUAGCUUAGACAAUUUUGUAAGUGAAUUUCAUAAAGCUAUGAAUUCCUCAAAAUGUGAUGUUCCAAGUAGUGCAUUUAUUCCUGCAGAAGAUGCAGCCAGUAUGCUCUUAGCUGAUGAAAUGUCAUGGCAAAUGAAAGAAGCUCUACCAAUUCAAGAAGAACAGUUCUCCAACUUGGAAUCAUCUAUUGGAAAAAUGUCUCUAGGAGAAUUCUUUCAAUGCAGGUCAGAUACCAUUUCUGACUUAUCUUGUGCUAAAAGCCCUGUUAAAACAAAGAAACCUGUACCUCUUAUAGAUGUGUCACAUAGCAUACUAGGUGAAUGUUCAGAUAUUCAAAUCAAUGAAAAUAAAAGUUUGAGUAUAACAGCUAUUCAGAAAUAUUUAGCUCAAACAGAAGACACUCCUAGAAAAGUAGUAGAUGAACUAUCUAAACAAGAUGUAAAAUCUAUCAGGAGUUCUAUGAACAAAUCUGAUGAUAAUUCUAGCCUGCCUGUUAGCAAGAAUUCCUCUUAUACUAGUGAUCAUUCUGACAAUGAGGUUCUGAAUUGUAUAGUUAAUAAAGAAAACUUGGAUACUAUGAAUAUCAGGACAAGUCAAAAAAAUUCAUCACUUCCACUACAAAGUUCUUCAAGAGCUUCCAGUCGUGCUUCCAGCACUCUCACUUCAUUGACAAAUGGGAAAUUGCCAAUAGAUACUACCAAAUGUGAUCUGAUUUGGGGAUGCAUUAAACUUGGCAAAUCAAUAACACAAGAUUUUAUAAUAAGAAACAGAAGUUCAAAAAGACUAGGCCUGCAGUUAUCUAUUUUUGGUCAAGAGUUCAAAAUUAUGAAAGACAAUAGAGUGGAUGGUGAGGCAUUGAGUUCAGUUAAGCUUAUAUUGCACCCCCAUGAAUCAAAAACAAUACUGAUUUCCUUCAUACCAACAAGAGUGGGAGCAGCUAUGGAUGAAAUACUGUUCACAUCUUUAGAACCAAAGCUCCAGCAAACAAAGAAGCAGUGUGUUCGGCUUUUUGGAUAUGGAGGCUAUGGUAAAAUUGAGUUUGCUAACUUAACAAGAGACACAACUGGGAGAUUUUGGCUUUCCCUUGGCAAAUUGGAUAGUAAGAGGAGUGCUUUUGAAGUGAAGAGUACUGGUGUGUUGCCUACUUUUGCUCAUAUAUCCUUCAAUUCAAAAAAGCUUUCAAAUGUUACUGUAGUUCCUAACUUUUUCGUACUUAUUCCUGGUGAACAAAAAGAAGUUGUUGUUACUUAUCAACCUUCAGCAGAAGAUUACAAAACUUUGCAGAAUUCUUUGGGGGAAACUGUUGUCAUGGAUUUGGGUAGUUUGUUGAUAACAUCUGGGACUGAGGUUGACAGAGGUCGGCUAAGAAGACUGUGUCGAAAAUGUAUUGAGGCUGGUUCAACAUUAGAUUCUCUUAGCAAUGUGUUGAGAAAUAAGCUCCAAGGUGAAGUUAUGCCUCCUGAUCUGGUCAAGUUUCAAGAAAGCACUGACCGCAUGAAGGAUAUUCUGAAGUUGUUUACUUGCCAUGAAGUUAUUGUCACCAUUGAAAGGGAUCCUGAUCAAACUAUUAUGCCACAGUAUUCUGAUGAAUCUGGUUUGUUCCAGUCUUUAUAUCAAGAUACUAUAGUAGCUAAUGAGAGCUUCAUUGGUAAUAGUUCUUGUAGGUUGGAACCUUCAGUGAUUUUCCUAACUCCUCCAUCUAAAAUUACUGAUUCUCUCUUUUUUUCAUCAGAAUCUGAUAAAAAGUUACAUUUUGAAAUAAGUGCAUCUCCACAAGGGUUAGAGGUGAAUCCUACUGAAGGAGAACUUCUUCCCAAUGGAGAAUGUAUCAUUACUCUUAAGUAUCAGAUCACUGAAUGUGAAAAAAAACAAUUUAAAGUCCAUAUUUUUGUUGAACAAGAAGUUUUUGAAGCUGUUGUGAGAGUUAUUCCCGUUUAUCAGACUAAGAGUAAAUAAAAUGUCAAUCUUCAUGCAUUUUU